GUCAGCAAUGUGCGCCAAAAACGAAAAGAUUAGAAUGGAAAAGAAAUUCAUGAUUCGGAAUUCGCUACUGACCGAUAUCUUCGAACAUCCUCAGACACGAAAUCUUUACAAAAUAUAUGUACUCGUCUUCGCGGUGUUAGGUGUCCACACUGUAGGAAAAGAGUACGCCGCGACAGGAAGAGUGACUUUCGGAUUUCCGUUCAUCGUGAAAGGCUUCUUCAACUUGGACAAAGUCAUCUUCUUUUGGUUGUGUUGCUUUGCGUCAGUCUGUGCAGUUUUCUACGUCUUCAAAAUAUGGUCGAGUCUUAGAGCGCGUGCUAAAGGUGGAAAGGUCACAGUUUUCAAUUGGUUAGGAGCGACAUGUUUAGCUCUGUACUAUGUUUAUAGUUUUAAGAUGGCCACUCAUGCAGUACGCCAUUUUAACCUUCAAGUAGCUGGCGUACUUAUAGUUACUCUUGAACAGAUAAGGUUUUUAAUGAAAGUACACGCGUUCAUACGAAGCAAAACCUCGGAAGAACCCUCUCGUCUCUCUUUUUCUAACUAUCUGUACUUCCUUUUCGCUCCUACCCUCAUCUACAGAGACGCCUACCCUCGAACGAACUCCAUCAACUGGAAAUUCGUCACUCAGUGUCUUCUCGAAUCGAUUAGUGCCAUGUUCGUAAUCGCUUUAAUCAUAACAAACACGUACCCAUCCCCGGAAAGAUGGGCACGAAAGUUUACCAUAAACGACGUAUUAUUUGACAUGGCAGACAAAAUAAUACUUGUACCACUGUACGCGAUGAGCAUGUUCUUCUUAGUUUUUCAUUCGGUGCAAAAUUUAUUUGCCGAGAUUCUUCAAUUUGGAGACCGUUUGUUCUAUUUAGAUUGGUGGAACGAACGCAGUUUUAACAGUUGGUUGACAAAAUGGAACAAGAUCGUACGAGAUUGGUUGUACUAUUACGUUUAUCGCGAUUUCAAGGAACAUGUUUGUGACAAUGUUCUUCUGGCUCGACUGGUUGUAUUCUUGCUAUCUUUUGGUGUCCACGAAUGGGUUAUGUCUUGUUGCAUUGGUGGAUUUUUUCCUUACAUGUUUAUUAUAUUUAUGGUGAUGGCACUGCCUUUGUCCUACUUUCAGCUUCCUAAGAACAUAAUUUCUGAAGUUGUUAUGUGGUUGAUUGGUAUUUUCGCAAUGGAGGUCGGCAUCGUAGUCUAUGUUCUCGAAUGGGACACUCUUUCCAAGAAUCCUUUGAUAAAUCCGACGCUUUGGGAGUCCCUUGUUCCUAGAUUUGUAACGGCUGAUUGUGCGUUAAAGUUCUAGGAUGUGGGUUGUUCUGUUGCAAGUUCUAGUAUUUUUAUCUAUAUAUGUGAGGUGCAAUUUUUUGUAAAUUUUAAU